AUGGUGGGCCCGGCGUAUGCUAAUUUGCAGGAGCCCAUUGCACCAAUACCGGGGAAGUACCCGGUCUGGUCAUCCACGCCGAGUGAACUUUUUUCGGAGCUGAAGGAUGAUUCAAUCGUUUUUAUUCAGGGAGCUUCUGCCUCUCCAACCUUACUUACUAACGCUCUCCACGAUUAUGUUUUGGAGAAGAAACUUAAAAAUAUACGGAUUUAUCAGCAUCUUCCUCUUGGUGACCUAGCUUACCUAAGGGACGAUUCAAAGGGUCAUUUUAAACUUUCAACAACUUAUUCAAGUAAAAAUUGCCGCGACGCCGUGAAUGACGGAAGAGCCGAUUUCAUUCCCAUACAGAUCUCGGAGCUUCCGCUUCUUUAUCGCAAACAACAUGUGGAAAUAGACUAUGCUUUAGUUAUGUUAUCUCCACCUGAUAAGCACGGAUUUUGUACCUUGGGUAGUGCAAUCGGCUCCGCCAGGUCAGCCGUCCAAAAUGCCAAGCGGAUUAUAGGUCAAAUUAAUCCACUAGCACCAGUGACAUACGGCGACUCAACUGUACACAUCAGCCGCCUAGAUUAUCUGUUUCAUGGCCACCAGCGUCUUUCUGAAAUGCCUAUCCCAAAUGCCAAUGAAACUGAGCAAAAAAUUGCCGCAAUCAUUGCCGAAAAUCUUGUUGAUGAUGGCGCUACUAUUCAGCUUGGCUUCGGCCGUAUCCCGUAUGAAGUCACCUACCGCCUUCGCAGUCACAAAGAUUUGGGCGUUCAUGCUGAAAUUAUUGCAGACGGGAUUAUUGAUCUGGUGAACCUCGGAGUCAUCACCAAUCGUUUCAAACCCGUGCAAAGAGGACGCAUCGUUACCAGUUACUGCAUAGGAACUCAGCGUGUUUUCGACUUCGUUAAUGAAAACCCACAAGUGUCCCUCCACGAUAUAGCAUGGGUCAACGCGACCGAAGUCAUCGCUCGAAACCCGAAGGUUACUACAGUAAAUACGUGCUUUGAAAUGGAUCUCACCGGUCAGAGUGCGGCGGAUGGCAUUGGAGAAUUUAUCUUCUCAGGUAUGCUGCUAAUCCCUUUGACUUAUUCGUUAUGA